GGUAAAAGGAGGGAAUGAUCAGGUGAGUGUCCGAGGAAGAACCUUCCUGAGAGAGGGAACUGCAAGUACAAAGGCCCUGAGGUAGCCAUCCCUGGGGCUCUUCAUCCAUUGCAGCUUUUCUUCCUCAGCAUUGAGGCCCCCCUCUCCUGGCCACUCUUCUGUGUCAUGUGGCAGGUAAUCUGUAGGACACUGGUGUCUUUGUCCUGUCUCCAGGACAGGCUAUCAGGGUCUUUUUUCUUUGGAAACUUCCCAUUGCCUCUCCUGAGGGUCUCGAGAACUGUUUGUUGACUAACUUACUCACUGGCUUGGGAGGCUUUCACUCCUUUGUAGACCCAUCAGAAUGUGGAAAGUGUUCUCUCCUCUCUUGCAGACGCCGGCUGGGCCCCCACACCUGCCUCUCGGGGUUUGGGAGUGGCUGCUGCCCUGGCUGGGCGCCCUCCAUGGGCAGUGGGCACUGCACCCUUCCCCUCUGCUCCUUUGGCUGCGGGAGUGGCAUCUGCAUCGCUCCCAAUGUCUGUUCCUGCCAGGAUGGAGAGCAAGGGGCCACCUGCCCAGAAGCCCACGGACCCUGUGGGGAGUACGGCUGUGACCUUACCUGUAACCAUGGCGGCUGUCAGGAGGUGGCCCGAGUAUGCCCUGUGGGCUUCUCGAUGACAGAGACAGCUGUUGGCAUCAGAUGUACAGUGGGCCGUGCAAGGGUGUUUUCUCUCUUCCCAGACAUUGACGAAUGUUUAAGCUCCUCUUGCGAAGGCCACUGCGUGAACACAGAGGGCGGGUUUGUGUGCGAGUGUGGGCCGGGCAUGCAGCUGUCUGCCGACCGCCACAGCUGCCAAGACACCGACGAAUGCCUCGGGACCCCCUGUCAGCAGAGAUGUAAGAACAGCAUCGGCAGCUACAGGUGUUCCUGCAGGACUGGCUUCCAUCUCCACGGCAACCGGCACUCCUGUGUAGAUGUAAACGAAUGUCGGAGGCCUCAGGAGAGGCGAGUCUGUCACCAUUCUUGCCACAACACCGUGGGCAGCUUCCUGUGCACGUGCCGACCUGGCUUCCGAUUGCGAGCUGACCGGGUGUCCUGUGAAGCUCUCCCGAAAGCCGUGCUGGCCCCCUCCGCCAUCCUGCAGCCCCUGCAGCACCCGCCCAAGACGCUGCUGCUGCUUCCAGAGGCCGGCCGGCCGGCCCUCUCCCCAGGACACAGCCCCCCUCCUGGGGCUCCAGGGCCGCCAGCCGGAGUCAGGACCACCUGCCUGCCAUCCCCCGCCUCUGCAUUACCAACAGCUUCCCCUUCUGCCCCGACGAGGCUGCUGGCCACCCCAGUGGCCACCCCAGGGCCCAGUGUUUCCCUGUUGGGGACCCUCAGACCUCCCUCACAACUCCAGGAGAAGGCAGUGGUUACCCCUUCCUUGCCCAGGGGCCCCGCUGCCCCGCAGCCCACACCAGGGCCCUCUGCCUGCUGGCACCUGGGAACCACGUAUGAGUCUGGGAGCCACUGGACGGAGCAUGGGUGUUCCCAGUGCUGGUGCGAGGUGGGUGUGAGGGGUCCUCGGGGCUACCCUGGUCUGGUGCUGGGGUCUUGUGGUGAUUGGGACUCCCGCCUCCAGGAUGGGACAGUGACCUGCGAAAACGUGACGUGUGAAGCUGCUUGUUCCCACCCAGUCCCCCCUGGAGAUGGGGGUUGUUGUCCAUCGUGUACAGGCUGUUUUCACAGCGGCGUCAUAAGAGCCGAAGGGGCCGUGUUUUCACCUCCCACGGAGAACUGCACCAUCUGCGUCUGCCUGGCUGGAAAUGUGUCCUGCAUCUCCCCUGAGUGUCCUCCCGGCCCCUGUCAGGCCUCCCCGAAGUCGGACUGCUGUACCUGUGUUCCAGUGAGGUGCUAUUUCCACGGCCGGUGGUAUGCAGACGGGGCUGUGUUCAGUGGGGGUGGUGACGAGUGUACCACCUGUGUCUGCCAGAACGGGGAGGUGGAAUGUUCCUUCACACCGUGUCCAGAGCUGGACUGCCCCCGCGAGGAGUGGUGGCUGGGCCCUGGACAGUGCUGCUUCACCUGCCGGGAGCCCACGCCCAUGACAGGCUGCUCUCUCGAUGACAACGGGGUUGAGUUUCCGGUUGGACAGAUCUGGUCUCCUGGUGAUCCCUGUGAGUUAUGCAUCUGCCAGGCAGAUGGUUCCGUGAGCUGCAAGAGGACAGACUGUGUGGACUCCUGCCCUCACCCAAUCCGGAUCCCUGGACAGUGCUGCCCAGACUGUUCGGCAGGCUGCACCUACACAGGCAGAAUCUUCCACAACAACCAGACCUUUCCGUCUGUGCUGGACCCAUGUCUGAGCUGCAUCUGCCUGCUGGGCUCAGUGGCCUGCUCGCCCGUGGACUGCCCCAUCACCUGCACCUACCCUUUCCACCCCGAUGGGGAGUGCUGCCCAGUGUGCCAAGACUGCAACUACGAGGGAAGGAAGGUGGUGAAUGGCCAGGUGUUCACCUUAGAUGAUGAACCCUGUACCCAGUGCACGUGCCAGCUGGGAGAGGUGAGCUGUGAGAAGGUCCCCUGCCAGCUGGCCUGCUCAGGCUCCUCCGUGACCCCUGGGGCCUGCUGCUCCUCCUGCCCAGAUGCCCUGGAGGAAAAGCGGGGGCUCCCCCUUCCUGGAGAUGUGGCGUUCAGCAGUGAGGCUCAGAGCCCCCACAGAAACACAGAGGACCCCGUCAACUGCAGCUCCUGCCCGGGGCCCCCGGCAGCCCUGCCUCGGAGGCCCGUGCUCCAUUUCCUCCAGCUGCUCUUAAGAACUAACAUGUCUGACAUGCAGACUUUGCCCACGAGCCCCUCGGGAGCCCGGGCCUCACCCUCGCCCCCCGUGGGGCCCUCACCAGGGCCUCCCCUCCCUCCAGGAGCCUCCACUCUACCUCCAGCCUCUCCCUGGGCUCCUGAGCCACCUCCUGUUACUCCAGAGCUUUCGUCUUCAGCCUCUGGGGCCUACUCAGCGUCCAGGCAGCCUCCUCUGCCCUCCACUGUCCUGACUGAUGCUUCAGCUCUUUCCACAACAGGCCUGAGCCCCUCAGAGACCCCUGUCACCCUCCUCAGGCCUCGUGGCCUCUCUCCCACCACCUCCAGACUCUUUGCGGCCCUUGUGGCUACCGUCAGCCCUGGCCCCCAGCAGCCCACAACGGGGACCUCAAGCGAAGAAGAGUCCACUGGGUAAGGUGGCCUCCAAUUUAGGGCCAUGCCAAGGAGACGGACCAAGGAAGCUGCCAGUGGCCCCAGGAGUGUGCAGGGGCCAUUGAGGGUCACUCCCGCAGGACUUCUGGUCGAGGAAAACCUUCAGAGCUGACACAGCCUUGCUCCUAGGAAGCAUUUGGAAUCAGCAGAUGCCUUCUCCCCGGGCAGCAUGCUCCCCGCAAAGGCCCCCCUCUUGUCUUUUGAGGGAGGCUGGGCUGCUGAGCUCCCCACUCUGGAGGAGGAGGGUCGGUGAGGGCCUGAGAUUCCACUGGGAUUGUGUCACCCGAGUCACUGUCCUCGCCCGAGGUUUUGAUUAAAGGCUGUCUCAGUCUU